GAAGAAUUUCUCAAGAGCACGACUUCCGGCCUGGAAGGGAAGUCGGCACCCUCUUCUCCCAGACCGCUUCCUCCCCCACCCCCGCCACGCGAGGCUGCGGCGCACGGUAUGGGUGUGUUUGUGUGUGUUUGUGUGGGGAGGGCGUUUGGAGGGAAGGUUACCGGGAGCUCCGUGGCCGCUGGGGGGCAGGGGUCCCGGUGACGAAGAUGGGGGUAUUUUUUCUGUCUUCCACUUGGAAGCCUCAACCCCCCCUUCAGCCACUCUAGAUACAUCUUGGGGCCCAGUCGAGGGUCGUACCCGUCCAAAGUGUCCCCAUCCUUUUUGGGGAGCGAAACCCAACCCCCCGGUCCAUCCCAGAGGAGCGUGAGCGGGGAAUGCCCCAGCCAACCAGGCCGUCCGGAUUCCGCGCCGGAGCAGCCUCCGGCCUGAGUCCGGAGAGGUAUUUGCCUGUCGGCCUGGGCUGGGGGAAAGGCGUCCGUGGCCUGGGCCACGGGUGAGGGCGGAAUAACCGGUGGGAAGGCUGCGUUUUCACGAAGGACUCGGGUGAAGCUGCAGAGCUGCCUUUGCUUGGCUUCUGGGUCGGAGGAGAUCUUGUAAUGGAGUGGUUCUUCGUCUCACACUAACAAGAUGCCUGAUUUCCUCAGGAUCGAGGGAUUGAAGAAUGUCCCGAGUUCCCUUGGGGAAAGUCCUCCUGAGGAACGUCAUCCGGCACACAGAUGCUCACAAUAAGAAAGAUGACUUGUUAGCUGGGUAGGGGAUAGAUCAGAUGGAUUGAAACAGCAGAGGGACCAGUUCGGAGGCAUUUGCAAUGUUCCAGAUUCAGGAGGAAUCAGAUAUGUGGAAAAUAAGAGAGCUGGAGAAACAGAUGGAAGAUGCAUACCGGGGGACGAAAAGGAAAAUGUUACCCAGCAGUUCAAGCCGGAUGCGUAGUGAUGGUUUUGAUGAAGAAAGUCAAAGAGACUAUUGGAGGCCAAAGAAUGAAAUUUCUGGGGCACUGGAUGAUGAUUUUCUUAAGGUUAAAUCCUGGAACAAGAAGUUACAUGAUUAUGAAGCUAACAUGCCAGACAGAUGGGGUCACAGUGGAUAUAAAGAGUUAUACCCUGAAGAAUUUGAAACAGACAGUAGUGAUCAGCAAGAUAUUACCAAUGGGAAGAAAACAUCUCUCCAGGUAAAAUCAUCUACCCAUGAAUCUCACAAACACAAGAAGUCAAAGAAAUCCCACAAAAAAAAGCAGAAAAAAAAGUCACACAAAAAACAGAAGAAAAGCAAAAAGGAAGCCACAGAUAUAACAGCAGAUUCCUCAAGUGAGUUCUCAGAAGAAACUGGGGCUUCUAGUACCAGGAAAAGGAAACAACCACAUAAGCGCAAGAAAAAAUCCAGGAAAAAAUCUCUCAAGAAAUCUGCUUUAUUCUUAGAGGCAGAGUGUGACACUUCCCAGUCAGAUGAUUCUGCAUCCAGCAGUUCUGAGGAAAGUGAGGAAAGAGACACUAAGAAAACCAAAAGGAAAAAGAGAGAGAAAAAAGCCCACAUCCCUGUAGUUAACAAUGAAAUACAGGAGAGGACAAACAAACGCACAAAUUGGAAAGUGGCCACAGAUGAAAGGUCUGCCGAGAGUUCAGAGGAUGACUAAAUGAGAAAGAAACAUGUUUCCUGCAUGACUCUGGAUAUUUACAGCUCUUACACCUUGGGGAUUUGCCAGUGACUCUAUUGCUCAGCACAGGGGGCCUGAGGUCAGAGCUGUCCUGUGCCAUCUAUAUACAUUCUGACAGACUUCUUGUCUUCUAUUUUGGCCUGUUAAACUUGAUCCUCUUAUUGUUAAUAGGGAAUCGGUUAUUUUGUUAUGAAGGUUUCUUGAAGAGAUUAUUUUUUGUGAUUAAUCACAUUUAGCGUAGAGUGCAUAUGCAGCAAAUUAAAGGACCCAGAAAGCUGAAUCCAGUAAUGACCUGGGUAUACCAAUUGGAAUGUUGAAUUUGGGGAAAGCAAGGGCUGGGGUCAAGAGAUGGAUUGGAACUAGUGCUGUAUACAAGGUAUGAUAAGGGGACAUCGUGUUGCUCUUGUCUGUUUACAUAGUAGGUGCCACAACUUGACUUUUUUUGUCUUUAGCCUUGGUGCUUUCAUCUUUCUGGAUUUUGACCCCACAGGUGUGGUCCAGUUUACUUGAUGAGGAAAGGAGCAUAAGAACAAACAUUUUCCAUUCAUGGUAACAUCCAUAGACAGCUGUUCUUGAAAGAGACUAGGAGUUUUUGACAAAUUUCCCUGUUGGGCAGGGUCUGUGGCUACCCUCAGUAUACCCCUAAACAUGGUAAUUGGAUAGUAAAAGGUUUUCUAGUUCCAUUGUUUAUUGCCUAAA